AGUCGUUUGAUUCGUCAUCCAUUGUCCAGACUCUAAAAUCUACGCUGAUGAACCAAUAUUAUAAUCCAAUCAUAAAAGGAUGAGUUGAACAUACCCUUAUCACUUCAAAGCUAAAAUCAACACUCUGACCUGUCCGUCUAUCACACUCUCUCAAAUCUCUCUCCCUCCCACAUCGGUGAUCGGUCGGCAAGUCUGGAUUGAAACGAACUCUCGAUCUCCGUUUUGCAGUGUGAUAUGGAGAGACUGGUAGAGGUGUCGGAGCAAGAGGUGCGCAUAGAGUUCGUAUUAGGGUGCAAAUGCCGCGCUAACGUGCGAUUGAAGUCUCUCAGUGCUACCACUCCAAUAGCCUUCAAAGUGCAAACCUCCUCCCCUCACAAAUUCCUAGUGAACCCGCCCAGUGGACUCAUCCUUCCUUCAUCCUACGCCACUUUCCAGGUGAUCCUCAAACCCCAAACCCAACUCCCCUCCUCCUUUCCUCGCUCCCCCUCCGACCGCUUCCUCAUCAGAACCGCAUUGGCCCCCGACUUCUCCAGCAACCCAUCGCACCCAGCUCAGCCCGACUCCAUCAACGCUUGGUUCUCCUCCAGGUCCCACUUGUCCACUUACGAUCUCAAGCUCAAGGUUGCCUACGUGGGUCUCUUCCUUCUUCACCGCGCCGUCUCCGCAGGCGACAUGGACGUUGUCAGGAACUUAAUCAAGCGGCAAAAAUCCGUCGUUGCCGACCUCUCACCUCGAGAUACUGAGUCUCUCCUCCAAGCAGCCACCGAGUCAUGUAACUCAAACCACAUGAUUGGCUUGCUUGUAGAAGCCGGGUUGAAGACCGACGUACGCGUGAAAUUGGACAACCUCAAUGCCGAAGGAGAGUCAAGGUGGGUGUCCAAGGGUUGGACGGAAAUUCAUGUGGCAGCGGCAUUCGAUCGAUCGGAGGAACUCCCGAGGUUGAUCGAAGAAAUGCCAAAGAGGGGAGGUUCGUUGGACUGCAGAGAUAGAGAAGGUCGAACACCGUUGCAUCUGGCUGCGGGAAGGGGGAACAUAAGGUGUGCCGAGAUGUUGAUCGAGGCGGGGGCCGACAAGAACGCCAGGAGCCAUGAUGGACGGACGGCGUUGUAUAGGGCGGCCGCGAAUGGGGACCAUCAGAUGGUGGCGUUGCUCAUGAAGAUGGGUGCCGACCUCUCAAUCCCGACCGCGGUGCGUGGCCGCUGUCCUCUUGAUGUGGCUCGAGACAAGGGAUAUAAACAAGUCGUCGAGAUCCUUGAACGAGGAGAAGCAGUGCUAACGGCGGCUAGACGCGGGGAGCUCAUGGACCUUGAGUGGCUAUUGAAGAAAGGGGCUAACAUGAAGUAUCAUGAUCAAUACGGUUUGACAGCUCUUCACUCGGCAGCCAUUAAGGGACACAAGGAUGUUGUGCAGAUGCUCAUCGAAUUUGGGAUGGACGUCGACUGCCAAGACACAGAGGGGCAUACACCACUUCAUUUGGCCGUCGAGGGCGGCAGCUUUGAAACUGUUGAGGUAUUGAUUGACAACGGAGCCAAUGUUAACGCCAAGAGCAAAAGGGGUGCUACCCCUCAUUACAUGGCUAGAGCAAUGGGAUAUGAUGAUAUUUCACGGUUGCUCGUCAAUAGGGGAGCAAUUUCAUCCUCUCUACCUUCUUCUUCUUCCUCCUUAUCUUCAACAAUGUUAUAAAACAAUAGGAAAUGAGUAAAUAAGCCAUCAUCCUACGUAAUUAAGGGAUGAGAUGAGAAAGGAAGAAUUUAUUCUCAUUUUUUGGUUUA